AGAACUGGGGUGAUUAGUUGGCGCUGCGGCGGCGGGGGCCAGCGCAGUCUGGAGCGGCCGCUGGCGAUGCCUGACGUGGUGUGAGGAGCGGCAGGAGCGCGAUGGAGCGGGCCAGGGACCGCUUACACUUGAGAAGGACCACGGAACAGCACAUACCCGAGGUGGAAGUCCAGGUCAAACGUAGGAGGACGGCCUCCCUGAGCAACCAAGAGUGUCAGCUGUACCCGAGGCGCUCCCAGCAGCAGCAGCAGCAGCAAGUACCUGUGGUGGACUUCCAGGCGGAACUGAGGCAGGCUUUCCUAGCUGAGACACCCAGAGGUGGUUAAAGCAAUCUUGGGACAUCCCAG